AUGGCCAGCAACUACCCCCAGCCGUUCUACGGCUUUCCACACGGCUUUCCCCCGCCGCAGCUGCAUCCCCCCCAGGGCGCGCAGCCCGAAGAGCAAAGCGGCGCUCCUCCGCUCCAGCAACUGCCAGGCAUCAACCUCACUUCGUAUGCGCACAACAGCCCGCAACCUCCGUUUCCAGCGCCUACCUGGCCACCGCACCUCCCUCCCGACCCCAAUAUCUGGGCUCUCUUCCAGAACGGCGCCUUCCCUCCGCCUAACCUGCCUCCGCCGCCCUUUCCCGCCAUGGGAUUUCCUCCGCCGGCGCUUCCUCCGGCUCCUCAGACUCCCCAGGCUCCCCAGACUCCAAUUAUGCCUGCCCAUUUCCCGCCGCCCUUUCCCCAUCGGCCUGCGCAGGCUUCUGCUCCUCCACCAGCCCCAGCCCCGGCACCCGCUCCUGCACCCGCUCCUGCACCCGCUCCUGCCAACGAACGCAUACAGCGCAUCAUGCACAGUGGUCGCGAGGACGGUGAACUGAGCGACGGCGACGGCGGACGACACCCUCCUCUGCCAGUCAAGGUCAACGGCGGCCCCCCUCCCACUUCGUCCGUACAGCACAAUGGACAUGGCAACAAUGCCACAACACAGAAGCAGGAAAGCCAUCCCACAUUCCUGGACAAACUACAUCAAGACCGCGAGUCGGCAAGGCAAUUCAUCAAGCUGCUUCAUAGCCACAACAUUCCAUACCGUACUCUGGCCGACGAGAAGCUCGAUGCCGAACUGCUGAGAGGUCUGUACCAGAGCGUGAACCUCCCAUCCGAGCCCGCCCCCAUUCUACCACCCAAACCCAACAACACAGCCUCGAGCGCGCCAGCCGUAACCUCCCCGCAACACAAAGUCGUCCCCGCACUCAAAACGAGUUCUAUUCCUGCGCCCUCGACCAAGUCAAUCGUGUCCCCAACCGCCCCGGGUGACCGUAAAGACUAUAUCGCACGCCUACAGGCCGCAAAGGCCGCCAAACAAGCUGGAUCGUCCAAGCCAAUGAGCCCGGCGCAACACCCACUGCCCCCCAAGCCCAACACACCCCAGCCUGUGACUACGCCGACUGCGAAGCCGCCUGUGACUGACGAGCAAAGGGCUCGAAACACUGAAUUGAUCAAGCAGCGGCUGGAGGCGAUCAAGGCGAAGCAAAAGGCGCCGAGUGGCGUCAGCAACGGUGCCGUACAACGAGGAGAGCAAACCCAAGCUGCAGAACAGGCUCCAAGCAGUGUCACUAGCCCUACGACCCAGAACUAUGCCCCGACUUUCUCCGGAAUUCCUGGCCUUUUUAUGAAUAAUACUCCAGCCUCUAGUACUGCCGCUCUUGCCGCAUCUCAGCCCUCGCCCUCUGUGUCUCAGAAACUGCCUAUCUCAAAGGCCGAGGUAUCGACUUCGCGGGAAUCCACCACGCCCUAUACCCGCCCCUUGGGCCAGUCUACUCAAGACGACGAUUCCAUGAUAAUAGAAGUUAGUGAGGAUGAAUCCAAUGGGAGCGACAUGGACAUUGAGGACGACCAACCAGCUCCCCAAACUGUUCAAACGCCUCGUCGAAAUCUGCUUCACUUUGCUCAUUAUGCUGGAUCUGCAGCACCCGCUACUCCAGCGGAUAGUACCUCUGGGGUGCAAACACCCAGCACUCUUGCACGGGAAAAGGAGUUGGUGGACAAAGAGAAGCAGCUUGUGGCUAUGCGAGAAACACUCAAGAAGAAGCUUGCGGAAAAACGGGAGAGAGACAGGUUAGCUUCUGCUGCCGUAGCCUCCUCACCCUCGGUACAGAAGCCUUCUACGCCAGUCUUGCACCCCCAGGGCCAGACACCAUCUAAACUUCCAACACCAAUGAUGGAUUCAUCUUCGGUGUCACCUCGUUCCGUGGAUCCAGCACGAUCCAGCACCCCUGGCGGCAAGGGCACUGCGCAAUCUCGUCGUGCUGAAAUCCAAUCCAGACUGCCCACUUUGGACGCUGAGAUUGCAAGCAACACGAGCAGGAUGGCUGAGCUGACCAAGGAAUUGGAGAAAUUGACGGCACUGAACAACAGGAUUGCCAAGGACAAGGAACAGUUGACGAAAGAGCUGGAGAGUCUUGGUGUUGACACAGAGGGCAUGUCUCAUGCACAACUACGUGCUAAGAAAGAUGAGAUUGAGCGCGAACAGUCGCCGGCACCUAAUGUCUCACCCGAGAAUGCGGAUCGUGCCCCUCAGUCCGCUGGAAUUGCCCCUCCUCAAACUGUGCAAACAUCGUUCGAAAAUGCAAGUUCGAGCGGGAGAGGAAUUGCAAAAACCGGCUUGCCUGGUCUGCAGUCAGCUUCAAACCAGCAUCCCCAGGGACACGUCACUCUUCCGGGUCUUGAACAUAUUACACCCCAAGCUCAGCCGCAAUCUGCUACGAACCAUCUCGGUCCGUCCCAAGGAUCAGGAAUGAUGUCGAGUAUAAACGGUACUAUUCAGACAGCCGAAGAACAGUUGCGACAUGAGCAGGACACCAAUGUUGCACAACCGCCAUCUGGUGUGCAAGGAGUGACCAAAGACGGUACUGGAGCAGCUAAUGCGGACAGUCCAACAGACUCAUCGGACAGGGACAUGGACGAGGACUUUUACAGCACCCAACCCCCGGUUGAAAAGGAGUCCGUUAUCCCAUCUGCUGGUCCCACCGCAGACACCAAUGGUGCCCAGUCUGUGACUCAAUCUGCCGCCACACCUUCUCCAUCAGAAGGAGAGACCGAAAUGUCUGUUUCAGAAGGCGAAGGCGGCAAGGAAGAGGAAGAAGAAGAGUAUGAACCGGAGUAUGAGCCAGAAGAACCCACAGUGGCCGAGAACAUGUCGGCAGAACAAACACAAAAGGUCCAGCCCGAAGUCGCACCGUCUGCAUCCACAUCACAUGUCUCCGCAGAAGGAGAAGAAGCCUACGAACCACCCACUGCUGAUCAAGAUAUGACUGAUGCUCCAAAUGAAGAGGUUGCUACACAGGACAGUGGUGCUCAAGCAGGCCAGGCUGAGCCGGAAGAUGGUGCUAUGGAUAUUGCUACGUCAUCUGACGAAAGCUCAGAUGAUUCCGAUUCCGAUGAUGAAUCCGAUUCAGGCUCUGAAGUCGAGGACACAAUUUCGGGACACAACUUCCCCCACCAAGACACGAACAUUGCUGAUGAUCUAGCACCCGAACUGCAGUCCAGAACGACGGUGGCGGUCGCUGCGCAACCGGUACCUGAGCCCGAGGAACAGGACGAGCAGAUUGCGUUCAAGCCGUACCAAAGCCCGCUUCGCAUGUUCAAAUCAUAUCGCUAUCACCCACACUUUACCCAAGACGUACCUGGAGGUUUCUUGUCGUUGACUUUUAGUCACCAGAUAGAUGCCAUGAAGCCAUUCUGCCAAUACGAGUCGGCGGGUGGUGCUUGCAAUGACCCUGAAUGCCCUGACCAGCAUUUCAGGGACGCAACUAUUACUGGUGAUAAGCUGCUUGUCCAGCUCGGAACGGCAAACCCUGGCAAGACGUCCGAGGAAAAGCAGAGGUGGAAUGACGGUCUCCGCGGCGUACUGAAGGAGCUCCGUCAGAAGAAUAUCAAAGAUCCCAACGGUAUUGCCGAAGAGAUAGCGCGAUAUCGGCGUCAAUUUCUCAAUGACGACACACGAGUCGUCAACUUGUGA